CGCAUCUGCUGACCGCCUGCAGGACCAGAAUGGUGGCUGCAGAUGAGGAUGACGACCCCUCUGCAGCGCCGCGUCGACCCGCCGCCUUCCAGAGCCGUUUGCCGGGGCUGCCAGGCACCACCAGCUACAACCAGGUGCACGAUGUCGCCAACCCCCUGGUGGUGGAGGACCCCCCUCCUCCCGCACCCGCCGCGGCCCCCGGCGCUGCCGCCGGCGCCAACGGCCUCGACGGCGUCCUGGACGGCGUCCCGCCCGAGAUAAGGCUGCGGGGGCCGGCGGCGGCGGGCCUGGUCGGCGGCGUCCUCGGAGGCACGGAGGCGGACAGCGACGGCGCGGGCGACUCGCUCGGCGGGGAGCUCAUGGUCCACGGCUACCAGCAGAUGAUCCCCCUGGACCCGGACGAGACGACCGACUCGACGGGGUUCCUGACGGCACCCAGGCACACCCGCCCGCCCAGGAAGAGCUCCUCGCUGCUCGCCGCCGUCACGCUCGCCGCCAUCUCGGGCGACCCGCCGCCGAGGGAGACCUGGGGCAAGAAGGUCGAGUUCCUGCUCGCCGUCAUCGGGUUCGCCGUCGACCUCGGCAACGUGUGGCGCUUCCCGUACAUCUGCUACGCCAACGGCGGCGGAGCCUUCCUCAUCCCGUACUGCAUCAUGCUGGUGUUCGGGGGCAUGCCGCUCUUCUACAUGGAGCUGGCGCUGGGCCAGUUCCACCGCUGCGGCUGCCUCACGCUGUGGAAGAAGAUCUGCCCCGCGCUCAAAGGAGUGGGCUACGCCAUCUGCCUGAUCGACAUCUACGUGGGUAUGCACUACAACACCAUCAUCGGCUGGGCGCUGUACUACCUGGUGGAGAGCUUCCAGGCCGAGCUGCCCUGGACGUCGUGCAACAACACCUGGAACACCCCGAACUGCACGCCCAUCAUGAUGGAGCAGCAGAACGGCUCCACCAGCCCGGCGAAGGAGUUCUUCGAGCGUAGCGUCCUGGAGCAGCACCUGUCUGACGGCUUGGACCGCAUGGGGCCCAUCAAGUGGAGCCUGGCGCUGUGCGUGUUCGGUGUAUUCGUACUGGUGUACUUCUCGCUGUGGAAGGGCGUCCGCAGCACGGGCAAGGGUGGCGUGUUCCUCGUCAACCUGCUGAACGAGUACGGCCCCGGCAAGUCCAUCCUGUUUGUCGUGUUCGUGGAGGCUGCCGGGGUGUGCUGGUUCUACGGCGUGGAUCGCUUCUCGCGCGACAUUGAGAAGAUGCUCGGCUUCCGACCGGGUCUCUUUUGGCGGCUCUGCUGGACCUACAUCAGUCCAAUAUUUAUCCUGGUCAUCUUCAUCUGCUCGCUGCUGGGCGACACCGAGGACGAGAACAAGUACCCGGCCUGGGCCAUCAGCGUUGGGUGGGCGCUGACGGCGUCCUCGCUGCUCUGCAUCCCCAUCUACAUCAUCUACAAGUUCUGCAUCACCUCCGGCAACUGCACCGAGCGCGUCAAGCUCAUCCUGCGGCCGGAGGAGACGCCGGAAGAGACGGCCCUGAACGUCAACUCCACGUACGGCACGGGCACGCACGUCUGACGGGGGCGACCCGGGCCCGGCGUCCAGGAGGACGCCGACGAGGACAAGCGGGCGACGCGGACGGCGCUCCCCGCCGUGCGCGUCCUGCGCCAGGACUCGUGCACGUGGGUCAUCGAGUGGUUGGUGUGAGCGCGCGGCGAGCGCCCGACGGCCGAGGGGUAGGCAUCCCGCACGACGCACGGGGCGGGCGGGCGGCCUGGCAGCGGAGCCCGGGCGGCGGCGGCGCGGGGGGAGAGAACACGAAAUGUAUUGCGAAUGUCGAAGAACAGGCCUGGAAUUCCAGACGGCGGAAGGAGGAGUUAUGGCAAUGGAGCGCUGCAGACGCUUUGACGAGCUGGGCCGGAGCCGGGGCUGUAGAGGAAGGAUGGGGUAAAAAGAUUCCAGCGUUUCCAUCCUUGCCUUUCACCCUUUCUUCGGACACGUGCCGCGAACCCCCUGAAGCCGUUGGAUCUACAGCCCACUGGGGUUUCCGAGGCGACGGCUGCGUAUUGAUGUAAACGGCCUUUUUCCGAUUCUAUCCACGGCGAGUGUUCUAUCUAAUCCCCGUCCCCGUUCUACCCCGUCUCACUUUGUUUUCAUCCCCCUGCCUCACCCCAUUGUCCCCGUUGUUUCGUAACACCGCCGCGGCGUACCACUUUUACUUUUGGUAGAAAAGGGAAACAAUAAGAGGAGAGCCAAAACUAAUCUAGAGUGAAAAACACAGUCUUGGUUUUUAUUGCCUUUUCAUUUUUAACUCCACUGUAAAAAAUUUCUAUAGUAGAUUUCCUAUAAAUGUAUCUGCAGCAAUUCACAUAUACAUGUAUAGGAAUUUUCCCAUACAGGCGUAUGGUAACUCUACCAUACGCGAUAGUAUUCUUACCAUACAAGUAUAGGAUUUUUCCUGUACCCCUGUGUAGGAUAUGUACUAUGUGUGUGUGGCAUUAUCCCUACACAUGUAUAGGAAUUUUCCUAUGCACUCAAUGCUCUUUCAAAAAAGAAAAAGUUCUUUUAACCACUUCCCGCCGUUGCCCUUGUUCCUUGUCGCCUUCCUACCGCUUUUCAGUAAUUUCAUUUAAGCAAGCAUUGAUGUAAUUUUGUAAUACUUUACCGGAUGGAGAGUUGAACCUCGGACUUCUGGCUUGCGAUCCCGUCACGCUGACCGCUAGACCACGGGGACUUGUUGGGAGGCGUGCCCCACCAACCCCGGGUCAUCCCAGAGCCGCGCGCCGCCCCUCGCUGGGGCUGGGCCAUUCCCAGAGGGUCAGCCAGGUGUCGGCGCGGUGCCGGGGCUAGCCCACGGCUUUGGGGAUUUACUCCUAGAUGUUUUGAUGUCGAGUUUUGAAUUUUACUUCCUACCCUUACUUGAAAUUCGAUCAUCGGAGUUUAAACUGCUAAAUAGAACAAUAUAGACUCUAAAUUUGUCCAACCCUGUGUGGUGUGGCGUCAGGCGGCAGAUAUAAGCUCAUAAAAUGACCGCGCAGACCAAGAUGUGUAAGGUAGAAAGAUGUUUAUAUCUUUACCCGUUUUUUUAAAAAAUUCCGAACAUUGUAUAGGAAAAUUGGCAUCAUCAAGUAAAUUUACUAUACACAUCAAGGAAAAUAUGCCUACCAGACACAUAUCGGAAUUUUCCCAUACAUUUCUGGAGAUUUGCCUAUACACUUCGUACUCUUCCCAUACGCAUCUUCCCAAAUGGGAAAAUUCCUAUACAUUUAUAGGAAUUUUCACGUCCGAUACGAUGUAUAGGAAAUUUCCUAUACAUGCGUAUAGUAGAAUUCCCAACAUUUUUUACAGUGUCGAUUUUCUGAGGAAUGAAAGGAGUGUACUUCCUCGCUUUCAAGUUUUCAUUUUGUGAUUUGACUGGACCGAGAGGAGUGGUCCUGUCCGAUACCUGCUGUGGCUCCUUGAAGAGAUAAUAACCAUCAUGACUCUCGGAAGUUAUGACCUCUGAAAGAAGGACGCGAAGCAGAGAUGAUUUACACUAGAAUACAAAUCGGAGAAUUUCGGUCUAUGUUGAAUUAUUGCUCUACUAUGUGUUAUCGCUUUCGUGCUUAAGGUACAUCCCCGAAAAGACAGUAUUGCUUAAUCGAAGAAAUCUUAUUGGUACAUAAAAGUAGUAUUCUUUUAAAUAUAGGGAAAUUUCAGCAGGUGUUUAAUUCGAACAACUUCAUAAAACAACCUUUUAUACGAGAUAAUUUUAGUUCUUUAGCGAGCCGGCGGGAGGUAUAUCCCGAGUGUUCAUAUAUUUAGGAAAACAUAGGAAAUGCCAACAUUAUCAAAUUUGAUUCAAACGUUCCUCCAAACUUUUGUCGGCUAGGGCGCUGCCACAGCAUUUUGUCAUCGAAGCGUAAUUAAAUAAUCAUUCCCUCGGAGAGUAUACUCCGAUGGGGAUGGGGCUGUCACUGCUGUCCGUGGGUAUUCGCAGUGUCCUGCGCGUGGAGUAUUCUCGCACGGCGGCGUUACCCAGGGAGGAGCCACCCUUAUCUUGUCAGUGGGGUAGAUGCCACCAUAAGGCGGCGAAACUCAUCGUUUGUAGAAAAAGUAGAAGUGUUUUAGACAUUGCGAGUGAAUUUCGCGUACUGGUUUACUUCAUUAGUGUAAGUUUGUAGACUAAUGUUACUCGAAUAAGAUAUGUAAAGAGAUUAGUUUGAGCUCACCCCUGUGUACCAAACAGGAUUGAAUGCUGUCGCUACAAUACUAGACCAUAAUAAUUUUGAAGAGGGUAGUUUGUAGGGAGACUUGUUCCUUGAUGAUUUAUGUCGUUAUUGGAGCAUUUUUUCAAUGGCCUAAGAACAUUGGUAAAGUUGUUGGGUUGAAAGAAGAGAAGCUAAGUCGACCAGGAAAAAUCGUCAAAAAGUUACAGUAUUUUUAAAUAAAAAUGUUGUUGUUAUUAUGUUAUUCACAUGUUAACGAGCAUUUUAUUUCAUCGCAUGAAGAUGCAAGUAUUGACUAGCAAUGAAAGCCUUAUAUCAAAUCAUCAAUCGUUUUGUAAUCAUAAAAUGUUUAUCAAUUGUUCUGCGAUGGCCGAUUGACAGCCACAAUCGGUCGUUGCAAUGUUAAAACUUGUAUGUAUGUAAUAUAUUGCAUAUUGUAUUAUUGUUCGCACAUUUGAUGACUACUACUGAUAUUGUAAAGAUUUUUAGACAUGCUCUCGUAAUUUUCAGUAUUUAUUGUGUGAUCUCAUUAGCCGUAGUGCUCGUUUCGCGUCCACGGGCGGCUGCUCCUCCGGGGGCUGGUACUCUUCGGCCGCCCGCGGCGCGCCGCGCUCUCGUGUAGCUGAACCGCUUCGUGUUUGUAACGUCCGAAUAAGUGGCGAAACUUGUGUAAUUUUUUGUAAUAAAAAGCACUCGAAAAUCCCCGGUUUGCCCAAACCCGAA